GAGAUGGGCAGAAUGAGAGAAUAGGAGCAGAGUAGGCACAGCCAUGCUGUCAGUAGGCUAAAGCCAUGAUGAGAUUACUGACAGACACACACACGCACACACGCACGGCACACAGACCACAGCCAAGCAGGUCAGUGGACAUGGACUCAGAGAGCAGCCCUGGGAGUAAUAGAGCCCUUAUCGCUCUUGUUGUUUUCCAUGAGGAGUAGUACAUUUCCUGCUUUAGUUAGAGUGUUUCUGAGUGUAGCUCCUAAGAAAAGGCAGAUCUGGUCUGAUGUUCUUAUUGUUGUCAGUGAGAGGAUGGCCCCUGACAGUGGCACAGAUGUGUCUGCUUUAUUUGUGCGCUGUGCUGUUUAUUGUUCUCUGAUUGAAUUAGAGUCGCCGGCAGCAGAGAGAGAAGGAAGACGACCAGCCUGGUGAUGUCAUGCCGGGCUGUGAUUGGCUCGUUCGCUCUUGCUCUCUCCCCCACAGCUUCACUCUCCUCUCUGCAGCCACCUCCCUCCCUCCCUCCUUCACACUCUCUGCCUCUCCCUCUCUUUCUCUCUCUCUCUCUCUCCCUCCCUCCCUCCUUCACACUCUCAGCCUCUCCCUCUCCCUCUCUCUCUUUCUCCCUCCCUCCCUCCUUCACACUCUCAGCCUCUCCCUCUCCCUCUCCCUCUCUCUCUCUCUCUCUCUCCCUCUCCCUCCCUCCCUCCUGACUCUCGAUGCUGCCUGCCUGAUCUUCCCAGGGUCACAUGACUGAGGCAGCCAAUGGGGCGGCCGGGCUGGCGGAGAGGAGGAGGGGGGCGGUGGAGCUGCAGUCGGAGAUGCUCCACUUGGACCUGAUCGAUGCAGAGGAGGGUGGGAUCCAGGAAGACGACGAGCGGCAGCAGCAGGAGGAAGAGGAGCCGAGGAGGAGGAGGACCGCCACCACGAGCACGACGACCACCACCACGACGACGAGGAGGAGGAAGGAGGCCGUCCAUGCGGGCCGGCAGCCCACACGCCAGCCGCGGGAGGGGCCAGGGGGAGCCGCGCCGCCCGACCUCCGACAACCUCUGCUGAGGGAGCCAGCCCCCGCCACCAUGGACACGUACCGGCCCAAGAGGCCCACCACCCUCAACCUCUUCCCCCAGGUGCCUCGCACUCAGGACACAAUAAACAAUAACUCCUCUGGGGACAAGGACAGGAGGAAGGACAAGGGGAAGGACAAGGGGAAGGAGAAGUCAACAGGGGAACAGGGUGGCGAUGGAGGCAAAGGGCAGAGGGUGGACCGGACGUGCUCCAAGCGCUCCAGCGGCCCCACCUCCACUUCCACCUCCACGUCCACUCACAAGGCUGCCGGGGACGCCAAGCCUCAGAAGAAGCCCUCGACCGCUCAGCACCAGAAGCCCUCCGCAGCCAAGUCCAGCGCAGCCAAGUCCGGCACGGCCAAGCCCGCCACAGCCAAGCCCGCCACAGGGAAGCCCGGGGCAGUGAAGUCCAGCGCAGGGAAGUCCACCACCACCUCCACCACCACCACCACCACCACUGCCACUGGCGAGCCAGCCAUGAGGGAGACGAGCGGGGAGCCCCUGCGGGAGCAGGUGCACAGCUGCCGGGCAUCGGUGGCCAGCGUGGAGGGCAGCGUGGAGAAGGCCCACUACAACAAGGUCAACGGGAGCCGGGAGACGGUGCGCUACCCUGCCGCGCAGAACGCCGAGCGCGUGUGCAGGGAGCAGGAGCGCUACCCGCGCUACUUUGGCGGCGUCGAGAUGAACUAUGCGGACGGAGACGACCAGCCGGAGGAGGAAGAGGAGGAGGAGGAGGAUGAGGAGGAGGAGGACGUGGUGGUCAUGCGGCAACGCAGCAGCAGCAGCAGCGGCCGGCACUCCCUGUCCCAGAGCAGCGACAGCAACCGCAUGUCACAGAGCAGCGACAGCAACCGCAUGUCCCUGAGCUCGGACAGCGAGGCCCCUCCGCCCUGCCCGCAGCACCACCACCACCACGGCCAGCCCAAGCCCUCCAUCAGCGAGGAGGACGAGGAGGACGACGGCGUCUACCCCCCCACGCCCCCCCGCCGGACAGUCAGCCUCAGCGAGGCCGUGGGCAGGGAGACGGCCUGGAGGACCAUAGCGGAGGUGGACGAGGAGGAGGAGGACGAUGUGGUCCUCAACGGGGCCGGAGGGGCCGUAGGGGCCGCAGAAGUGACCGCAGUGACCGCAGUGACCGCAGCUGGUGCAGGAGCAGCGGCAACAGUGGAGGCGGACGGGAAGCCUGCGGCCGCAGAGCCGGCGGUCAGCAGCUCGGACGCCAGUGGCCUGUCGUACGACUCGGUCAAGUACACGCUGGUGGUGGACGAGCACGCCAAGCUGGAGCUGGUGAGCCUCAAGCAGUGCUACAAGGCCUACCAGGACAGCGACAGUGACGACAACACCGUCUACGAGUCGGCGCUGGAGGAAGAGGAGGAGGAUGAGGAGGGCAGGGAGCGGCCGCACCGGCGCCUGAAGCGAGAGCAGUCCUCGGGCCUCUCCAUGGCCACCACCACCGACUCCAGCUCGGACGCGCCGCGCUCCCGCAAGUUCCGCAACGUGUUUGUUAACAAACGCGCCUCUCGCUUGUCAGGUGCAGAGACGUUUGGCCUGUUCUCCUGUGUCAUCGCUGGGGAGGAGCGGGAGCAGAGUCACAGAGCAGUCUUCAGUGCUGACUAUAAGUUCGUCCCGCGUCACGAGGACGAGCUGGAGCUGGAGGCGGACGACCCGCUGCUGCUGGAGGCCGAGGCGGAGGACCUGUGGUGCGAGGCCUACAACAUGCGCACGGGCGCACGCGGCAUCUUCCCCGCCUUCUACGCCGUCAAGGUUGCCAAGGAGACCGUGCAAGCCAAAGAGGAGAAAAAUGACUGGGUGGAUACCUUCUGGGUGAAAUUCCUUGGCUCUGUUCAGGUGCCAUAUCAUAAAGGAAACGAUGUUCUUUGUGCAGCUAUGCAUAAGAUUGCUACAAACAGAAGGGUGCAGAUGCAGUUCAGUCCUCCUUCAAUGUGCGUAGUGGAGAUCAACAUGAGGGGCGUGAAGAUCAUCGUCCAAGACGACUGCCGGACUGCAGACAGAGGGGAUAAGUGUUGUCACUUCUUCCAGCUGAAGAACAUUUCAUUUUGUGGAUGCCAUCCAAAAAACAAAAAGUAUUUCGGGUUGAUUACCAAACACCCAGCCUAUCAGAGGUUUGCCUGUCACGUCUUCUUCUCAGAGGAGUCUACCACGGCCCUAGCCGAGUCUGUGGGGAAAGCAUUCCAGCAGUACUACAAAGAACACAUGGCGUACUCUUGUCCAACAGAAGACAUCUUCCUUGAAUAACACUGCACCUACUUAAUGUUUUGCAUCACGAUAGAUCAUUUAUAAGGUGUUGCAUGAUGGAUAAUAGAAACCCAUUUAAUGGUUGUUUUUACUUUGGGGUCUGGUGUAGACAAACAUAUAGGUUCACAUCCAUCUUAAGUGUCAUGACAUCGGCAUCCGUACUACUGGAAUCGCCAUUUCUAACUGAGUCUACCUACCUACCUACCUACCAGCUUUAUGGAAAGACCCAUAUCUUUAUAUUGCUAUAUUCCAGGUCUGACGUUGAGAGACAUGAGAGGUAAUGUUGUAUAAAACAUGAACAAGCAGGUUAUAAUGUGCAGUUCCUAUCUAUGGACUUAAAGCACAAGACCAUACAGAUGACACCGACCUCUCUCAGAGCUAGACCAGACUUCCAGGGGCCUCUUGCUCCAGCCACCCACACAUGUAAUUCAUUGUAUCUCACAGCAUAUAGAUGGUCUCGAGAUCAGUGCGAAACACAUCUCCACGUCCGUUUGUAAGGCUAAGUGUUUGUCGGCACAAGCAGUGUAACACAGCCAAAAGUAAGCUGGGUUUCUCUCUCUCUCUCUCUCUCUCUCUCACUGAAUGUUGACUACCCGUUGUGUUUUCUUCCUUGGCUCACGGCUAGUUGCCAUGGAGCUGCUGUUCAAAACGAGUGCUAGUUUUGCCUCACUGUUAAGAGUGGGGCCUCAUUGGACUCCCUGACUGCUACUAUACUCCAAGCUCUUGCGUAGCCUAUUAAUACCAAAUAUAUUGAAUUUAUUCAACUGCUCAAAAACUAUUAUUAAAUAAUAUUUAAGUUGCUAAAAUUAAAAGGUGAGGAGUUGAAGCUUGAACAUACUGAACGAUGUUUAAGGUCAGAUAACGUAAAAUGAAUACAUGGAAGCUGAAUACUGGAGUGUUCGGUGUCAUAUGCUCAUCAGCUACAUCUCUGGCAUUAUGUGUAUAUAAGUGUUUCACCUGAAUCUUGACAAAACCAGUGGAUGUGAUUGGAGAGAGAUGUGUGAAUAAGCCUAAUGCUGAAUGUCCAGUUUUAAUGUGACCGUGUCUCUUUCAGUGAAGCAGAAUUAUGAACAAUUGCAGAUUAUAUUAAUUAUUUAAUACUACGUUCAAAAAUACCAAAAGUUAUCAGCCUUGUGUCUGUGGGUGGUAGAAGUGAGGCCAUGCGUGUCUUCAUAUCAAUCAUGCAAAAUCACAGAUUGUGCCUAUUUUAUUUUAUUUUUGGUUGUGAUUAUACAUUGUAUAUUGUCUUUUUUAUUUUGAAUGAUUCUGUGAGCACUGUGGAACUCCUAUUAAAUGCUAUUUGUA